CUCCCCCCCCGCAGGAACUCCAAUCCAGGCUCACUCUCUAUCGCCUCAAUAUGUCUCAAGAUGGCCGCCAAUGUGGGAUCGAUGUUUCAAUAUUGGAAGAAAUUUGAUUUACAACUGCUUCAGAGAGAACUUGAUGCAACUGCUACUGUAUUGGCCAAUCGACAGGAUGAGAGCGAACAGUCCAGAAAACGACUUAUUGAUGAAAGUCGAGAAUUUAAGAAGAACACACCAGAGGACUUGAGGAAACUAGUGGCACCAUUGCUGAAGAGUUUUCAGGCAGAGAUCGAUGCCCUAAGUAAAAGAAGCAAAGAAGCAGAGGCAGCCUUUUUAAAUGUUUACAAAAGAUUAAUUGAUGUUCCAGAUCCUGUUCCAGCAUUAGAUCUAGGACAACAACUCCAGCUCAAAGUCCAGCGUAUGCAUGAUAUAGAAACAGAGAAUCAGAAACUGCGGGAAACACUUGAGGAAUACAACAAGGAGUUUGCAGAAGUCAAGAAUCAGGAGGUAACAAUAAAAGCACUUAAAGAAAAAAUCAAAGAAUAUGAGCAGACCUUGAGCAGCAGAGCAGAAAGCCUCGCACUUGAGAAAGAACAGAAAUUACAGAAUGACUUCACAGAAAAGGAAAGGAAGUUGCAGGAGACUCAAACAUCUUUGGCCUCCAAAUUUGAGGAGGCUGAUCACAAGGUUCAAGUUUUACAAACAGCCCUGGAAUCAACUCAAACUGAGCUAUUUGAUUUGAAAGCAAAAUAUGAUGAAGAAUCAACUGCCAAAGCGGAUGAAAUUGAAAUGAUCAUGACAGAUCUGGAAAGAGCCAAUCAGAGGGCAGAGGUGGUUCAAAGAGAGGCAGAGACCUUACGUGAGCAACUUUCCUCAGCUAACAAAUCCCUGCAGCUGGCCACUCAGAUCCAGAAAGCUCCUGAUGUGGAACAAGCUAUCGAAGUGCUAACACGAUCAAGUCUGGAAGUUGAACUGGCAGCAAAAGAUCGUGAGAUAAUGCAAUUAGUUGAAGAUGUACAGAGGUUGCAGGCAAACCUGACCAAACUCCGUGAGACCUCAGCAAGUCAGGUCUCACAACUAGAACAACAGCUCAGUGCAAAGAACAGCACACUCAAGCAACUAGAGGAAAAGCUAAAAGGACAGUCUGACUAUGAAGAGGUUAAAAAAGAGCUGAGUAUCUUGAAGUCAAUGGAAUUCGUAGCAUCAGAAGGAUCUGGAUCACAAGACACAUCCAAAACCCUAGAGGUACUUCUGCUGGAGAAGAACCGCUCAUUGCAAUCUGAAAAUGCAACUCUGCGUAUCACCAACAGUGACCUUAGUGGGUCAGCUGGGAGAAAUGGGAAAGACCGACCUGAGAGUCUGCGCCCUUCGACCUCACCAUCCUCCCCUCCCUCUAAGUUGCUGCGCAACGCAAAUGAGCAGGCUUCCAGUGCUAACGGUACGCACCAAUUCUCACCGACGGUUUUAGGUCAAGAUUUUUUCAACUCAUCAUUGACAAGCUCCCCGUUCCCCCUGGCCUCUGCAGGGAAAUUUGCACUAAACUCACUUCUUCAGCGGCAGCUAAUGCAGUCCUUCUACACCAAGGCAAUGCAGGAUGCAGGAAGCACAACCAUGCUUUUUCCAACAGGUCCCUACAGCACAAAUUCCAUAUCAUCCCCAAGCCCCAUCCAGCAGAGCUCUGACCUAAAUGGAAUGAUCCCUUCACCCAGCCAGUCAGAGAGCGCUGGAAGCAUAUCUGAGGGCGAAGAGCUGGACACAGCAGAAAUUGCACGGCAAGUUAAAGAGCAGCUGAUCAAGCACAAUAUUGGCCAACGGAUAUUUGGACAUUAUGUACUGGGGUUGUCUCAAGGCUCUGUGAGUGAGAUACUGGCCAGACCCAAACCAUGGAAUAAGCUGACUGUUCGAGGGAAGGAGCCUUUUCACAAGAUGAAGCAGUUCCUGUCCGAUGAACAGAAUAUUCUGGCCCUGCGGAGCAUCCAGGGCAGACAAAGAGAGGUUCCAGGCCAGAACAUACAAAGAGUGUUGCAGGAAGUAAAGAAACGAAGAUAUGGUUCAGAAGGCAACAUCACAACGCGGAUUAGAACCCCUGAGACCGGCUCUGAUGAAGCCAUCAAAUCCAUUCUAGAACAGGCCAAGAGAGAACUACAAGUGCAAAAAAAUGUUGAUUCAGCUCAGCCACCCUGCACGUCUAGCAGUGGUGGUUCAGAUGAAGCAAUUUGGUCAAUAUUGGAACAGGCCCGGCGUGAGAUGGAAGCUCAGAAGGCAGGCCUUGAGCCGACACCGAAGCCAACACCAGUUACUCAAGCUGACUUGGUCCUCCAUUCGUCCAAAGCAGCAUCAUCUUCCUCCUCAUCAUUCUCUUCCUCACUAAUAGCCAUGAAAAAGCCUUUCACGGUGGAUUCCAGCAACAGUUCAACACAAACUUCUCAUGGAUUUAAAAAAGAAGCAUUGCAUGAUUCAUGCUCCUCAGAGCACCAUGGGGUAGUAGACACACCACAUAAUAUGCUCAAGCAAGUUAAAAAUGAGUUGGGACGAAGUAGUAUAUGGAGGGACCAGUGGUGGAACACAGUUUGCCCUGACAGAAGAAAUUCAGCCUUUUCAGAAGAUGGAAGAGCAGAGGAAGCUUGCACUGGGAGGGAAAGAAUUAGUAAUCCAAGCAGACUGGAGAGAAAUGCUUUGCAAGGACCUGCUGCUUCUGACCACUGGAAGGACUGGCAAAAUGCAGAGUCGCCAUACUCUCAAGCCUCUGAUUUAGGCACCGUGAUUGCAAGUAGCAGUGUGACCCCACAGAGCAGCCCCCUGCCUUCCUCACCUCUUGUUCCUGUCUCUAAACCGCAUAAGCCCUCUGUCCCACCAUUAACACCAGAGCAGUAUGAGAUCUACAUGUACCAGGAAGUGGACACAGCUGAGCUGACGCGACAGGUGAAGGAAAAGUUGGCCAAGAAUGGGAUCUGCCAGAGGAUCUUUGGGGAAAAGGUGUUGCGUCUGACUACACAACCAUUCAGCUCCGCACCGGCCACAUCAAAUGACUACAGUGGAGCAUUCUGCACUGGAGCAACACCGGUUUUGGGUCUGUCACAAGGGAGUGUCAGUGAUAUGCUGUCUAGGCCCAAGCCUUGGAGUAAAUUGACUCAGAAAGGCCGAGAACCCUUUAUUCGUAUGCAGCUGUGGCUGAAUGGUGAGCUGGGACAGAGUGUUCUUCCAUCCCAGGUCCAGCAACCAGGACAAGAGAUUACCCCAAAGACCUCAGCUAGUUGCAGCCCAGCCCCUGAAUCUCCAGUCAGCUCUGCUGAAUCAGUGAAGAGUGUGGCUGAACUAUCAUCACAACAAUCCAUAGCUACAGAGAGCAGUAAGGACAUCAAGCCACCAGAACCAUGUGAACAGCCUUCGAAUGAUCCUCAGGUUCUAUCAUCACUGCCAAUUUCUGGUCAGUCAGCGUUAAGCAUACAGGAGCUGGUAGCCAUGUCUCCUGAACUCGAUACAUACGCCAUCACAAAGAAAGUCAAAGAGGUGCUGACAGACAACAACUUAGGCCAACGUCUGUUUGGAGAGACCAUCCUUGGCCUGACACAAGGUUCCGUGUCUGAUCUGCUGGCACGGCCCAAACCCUGGCACAAGCUGAGCCUGAAGGGAAGGGAGCCUUUUGUCCGCAUGCAGCUCUGGCUCAAUGACCCAAGCAAUGUUGAGAAGCUGAUGGACAUGAAACGAAUGGAAAAGAAAGCCUACAUGAAGCGCCGACACAGCUCAGUGAGUGACGGUCAUGGCAGUGACUCUUCAGUAGCUGGGCUUGACUACAGUCAAAGUGCCAGUCCCCAGCCGCAGGUUCAUUUGAAGAAGCCCAGAGUGGUGUUGGCCCCCGAGGAGAAGGAAGCUUUGAAGCGAGCUUACCAGCUAAAGCCAUAUCCAUCCCCAAAAACUAUUGAGGAACUUGCUGCUCAGUUGAAUCUGAAAACCAGCACUGUCAUCAACUGGUUUCACAACUACAGGUCCCGCAUUCGAAGGGAGCUGUUCAUCGAGGAAGUGCAGGCAGGGCCUCAUGGUCAGACAGGAUCCAGCGGCUCUCCAUCUGUCAGAGGAAGUAGGACUGGUCACAGCUCAGAAGGGGAAAGCUGUGAUGGAGGAGACUUGGAAGCAGUGACUGAAGAAAAGGAUAAUGUCAUGGGAAUGGAAAAUUACAGCACUGGGUGUGUAACUCCUCAGGGAGGGCAAAUAGAGUCUGUUUGUGAUGAGGAUUCAGAGCCUGUUGUGCAGGCUGACAUUAAAGAAGUGAUUGACACAAAGGACUCAUCCCAUUUAGAAGGAGAUGCCAUGGUCUCUCCAAAUGCUGAGAGUGAAGAUGAGGGCAUCCUGAAACAUCCAGGCCGAAGCAAGAGAUUACACCGGGAAGCACAUACAUCAGGAACAUCCCUGGAGGAGUUCCAGAAAAGUCAGCCUUUGGUCCAGUCAGUUGUAGAAGAGGACAACUCUACCUCAUCCGCCUCCACAUCGGCAACUGUAGCAGAGACCUCCCGAGAUUUGAAAGAAGAUACCUCUUUGGUGCAGCAGGCAAGCAGUGGGCAGAGCACAGGUUGUGGGGGCACCCCGUCCUCUUCCACUAUAGGCUUUCAGAAAGGCCUGUUCAGCUUUUCUGACACAGCCUCACCUGCCCAAAAAACAAGCCUGCGUGAGAACAGCUUAAGGCGUAAGAAAGCAGCAAAUUUGAACAACAUUAUCCAUCGUUUGGAGAAGGCUGCAAGUCGGGAAGAGCCCAUUGAAUGGGAAUUUUGAGAUUAAAUUAUUAAUUAUGCACAACUCCUGAGAGUUAGGUAUUAAGAGACCUUGGACAUUCUGUACUCAUUUUAUCCUGUCACGCACUUAAUGCCCUGCAGGCCACAGGGCAAAAAUGCCAUAGGCCAAGGUGCAUAUAGAAAAGGAGAGCAUUAAGUUCCGUUCAUCAUUGCAUUUUCAAAGCGAGAGAGUUGAAACAUGCAGUUAAGCUUUUGUACCCUGAAGUGUUUUUGUGUCAUGACUGAUUUUCAAACUGUCUGGGAUUAACUGUUACAGCUUUGCCUUCCCCCUCUGCCAAGUGGGCUUCAAGCAGCAACACCCAUCGGCUAAAGAGGGGUUUCCUUUGCCAUAAAAUGGCAGCAGAGCGAUAUUACACUAUUAACUUCUUAACCAGAAAAAGAUUGGAGUUUUCAAAUGACUAGAAUUUUGUAGCUGUUCAGUUGCCACUGAGAGAUUGCACAGUCAUCUGACUCUAAACACACUAGUUUGGUUUCUUAGAUAUUUUGAGAAUUCUUGCUGUUUUAAACUUUGAAAGAGGAAAAAAAACACAUUUAGUCCACUUAUUUUUUAAAAAAAGGUCACGUAAAAAAAGAAUUGUCAAAAAAGAUGUGGUAGGUGAGUUAGUGUUUUCUUGUAUGUGAAUUUAGAAUAAUGAUAUGUAGUGCACAUUGUUUCAUAGCUUUAACUGACUCUGGUUUCUCUGCAGGCCAGGGUUUGUUUAAUACACUCCAUUUUAGGCCAAAUCAGGACAAGAUCUGAACCUAGGUAUUUUAUAACCUGCUUUUUAACCUCUAAACCACAAAGCACGCUGAUCAGACCUCAUAUUGUCUUGUGUGUGAGAGAGUGAGUGUAUGUGAGAGCAAGUUGUAUGUGUGAGAGUUCUUAGGUCUGGCUGAUUUCAUACGUACCAGUGCACAUUUAGAGUGCGUUACUGCCACCCUUUUCUCAAUAAGCUGUGUCAUCAGUAAGGCAUGUGUGAGUUAGCUUGUCACAAGUUACAUAUUUUUUUCUUGCCAUAUCUUUAAUUAAAACUAACAGUAGAUGAUUUCAGUAUACAAGAAUAUUUUUGUGCUUAUUUAUAGGUGCUUUUUUUUCUAUCCAUUGUUAGGAAAGGAUGAAAGGGAGCAAGUCUUGUUCUAGAGGGUCAGACUGCCGGCAGUAUUUGGGAUAUUUUACAAGUUUCACUGGAUAAAUAUUGGCUCCUUGACACCUUCCAAGCUCCAAAUUAUUGAUUAGACGUUGUUUCUCGAUGUAAAUUGCAUCAUGAUUUUUGUGUUGGUCUUUUAGGUCAGAAUCCAUUGAAGUAACUGUGUAGCACAAUCAUAACCUGUCAUUUUAAUUAUAAUAUAUGAAUUCUGUUUCUAUAUUAAUUAUGGUUGAGGAGUUAUAUACCUGAUAUUGCACCACAGUGAGUUGUUUGUAGUUUUUGUAGCAGAUUAUGACUGUUUAUAGGGAAAAUUACAUUACCUGCAUGAUAUGUUAAAUAAUCAUAUAUUUCAUACAUAAAACUGUACAUGUAGAUUGAGCACUUAGCUGUUAAGUAUUGGUGGUGCUGAUUCAACUCCAGCUAGUCAUAGGGAAGGGCUCUAGGAGGCUGCAAGGCAGUGAGUUAGAAUGAAAUCCUCCAGCAUACGUGUUCACAAGGCAGCAUUCCUCAAUAUCAUCAAUAUCAAGCUGCAUAUGCCGAAUUUUAUAAUUUGCAAAUAAUAUGAGGUGAAACUGCCUUCUUCCAAAAUAAAUGUUAUUAGUGCUAGGCAUAAGCACAAGAAACAGAUUGCACUGACACAGGUCCCCCUCCCUCAGUGUUAAAGUGCAAAAUAUCAUUAUUUCUAAAUGUUUAAUUUCAAGGGCAAACUUCAUUUACUUUUCUCUGUCUCCCGGGUUCAUUCACCAACUGCAUCCAAAGGGUGAGAGGGACAAGCUACUCCCAGCGCUCUAAUGGGCGGUCCUAGGGAUAACCCUGAUAUUUUCUUUUCUCCUUUGAGGAGUCAUUUAAGAUCCACUCCAUAAUAAGAUUAGCCCUAAUAUCAGGAUCUCACUGACUACGAGAAUUUAACCUGUGUCCUUCUCCAUUCUGACCUCCUUUCUGCCCCAACUACACACCAUUGCCCCAAUUGGCCAGAAAACACAAGGUAAUGCUCGACUUCAUUAGCAAAAUGGCCUCCUGCCCCAGUACUUUUACUACAAAAUCUUUGGACUUGAGGCUGUGGUAAAUAAAAUGGUAAUCAAACAAAAUAGCUCAGAACAAUUGACACUUGUCAAACUCAGCUUUCUAGUUCCUGCCUUUUCAUAUCCCAAGCAUUUUCAUGACUGCUGUAGCAGCACUGCUGCCCCUUACAAUUCUGCAUCAAUGUUUGAGUAUCAUCUAAACAUAGCUUUGCACAAUAUUGGCAUGUUGGAAGUUAGCCCUUGGUUGCAGAUGGGGAAGAUUAUUGCCAGACUUCGUGCUUGAGUUUGCACCAUUGUGAAGAAGGCUUGGAAAAGAGGGUGAAGGACCAGGCCCAUAGCCUUGACAAUGUUCUUAUUUUGCUAACUUUGGCAAAAAAUGAUAUAAGUAAAUUUUCGCAACCAUUUUUGAGAAGUGGUAGGCUGUCCAUCCUCUCCUAAAGCAUUCAUGGCCCUUCUCAAAAUAGUCCACUUUGCAAAGUGUGCUUAAAGCUGGACUACUCAGGAAAUUAAACCUUAAUUGGAACAUAAUAUAAUCGAUGUAAAUGUAACUUGAAGCUUCAGAUUUUGAUACGAUUUCUUAGAAUGUGAUAACUUUAUCCCAUGACCGUUUACAGUAGUGUGUAGUUCUACAGGGCCCAUGCUAAAAGUUUGAAAAUAGCUGUACAACUGUCCCAAAGCCACUGUAAAGGAAUUAGUGAUUAUUAGAAAUAUUCUGAAUAAUAUCAAAAGCUGACACCUUGCUGAGAUAAAUGGGGCCACGUUUUUUUUCACAAAUUUUGCUGUAUAGCCUACAAAGAGCGAUGAUCAACAACAGUAUUUUUAGCAGGCAGAUAUACAGUUUUAUUCAUUUUAAUCUUCCAUUUUGUCCCCCAUAUACUCCAUAAUUAUUUGUAGCUUCUGGCCCUGUUAAGUUUAAGCAUCGCGUGGUAAUUCAUAAUGACAAACAGUGCUCCAUAAUAAUUUGUAUAUAAGACUGAGGUUAAUACUACAAAAUGCAUACCACCACCUUGAAAAAUGUGCAGACCCUAAAGCAAAUACUUUUUAUUGAUAUGCAAGACCUAGCACUUAAUAACCAGAGCUGUGUUGAGUUUAAUUCUGAUGCUAUUGGAAUGAAGUGUCCUAGGUAGAAAAGUCUUAAAAGUGAUUUUUUUUUUGUAAAUAAUUCUUGAAGCUGACAACCUGAGAACAAUACAAGCAUUUACUUUA